AUGAAAAACCAAGUUGGAGGAUUCUCUGUGGUGUUGUUUUCGGGAGUUGUUAUUUUCUUCAUCUUCAUUCUCUUCUUCAAUGAUUCCAGAGGUGUGAUUUAUGGUGGUCGACGUUCCUUUUCAAGGUCAAAUUAUAAUGACGAUGAUUCUCCGACCACCGUCAAUCAUCUGGCAUUCGGGCUACAAGGAUCCGAGAAAACGUACCAUUUUCGACGUUACUACGUUGAAUCAUGGUGGAAGCCUGAUAAAUUUAGAGGGUACGUUUAUCUUGAUAAACCUCCCCAAGGAAAUCUUCUACCCUGGUCCAAAAUCUCUCCUCCUUAUAGAGUCAACGACAACAUCAGCAAAUUAAUCAGUGAACUCAAACCAAUCAACCCUCUUAUGGCCCGAAUGGUUCAUGGGAUCUCGGAGUUGUUUCGUGAAGAACACCAAGAGCUUAGGUGGCUAAUCAUGGGUGACGACGACACAGUAUUUUUUGUGGAUAAUUUGGUUGAAGUUCUUUCCAAAUAUGAUCAUACUAAGUAUUAUUACAUUGGGAAUCCAUCCGAAUUCGUUUUGUCGAAUUUUUGGUUCAGUUUCAAUCAGGCAUUUGGUGGCGGGGGGAUUGUUUUGAGUUAUCCAUUGGCAAAAGCUCUUGUUGAUGAUAUGGAUCGUUGCCUGAGGAAGUAUUCUAAUCUUUCGGCGGAUACCAUGACAAUGGCUUGUAUAGCUGACCUUGGAGUUGAUUUAACUGUCCAUAAAGGCCUUCAUCAGAUGGAUUUAAGAGGUGAUGUAUCAGGUUUCUUGUCGGCUCACCCUAAAGCUCCGGUGUUGGCCUUCCAUCAUAUUGACACUGUGAAUCCAUAUUUCCCAAAAAUGACCCGAGCAAAUGCAUUGAAACAUCUAAUGAAAGCCGGCGACGUUGAUCAAUCGCGUCUGUUUCAACAAACCAUAUGUCACGAUCAGAAAAGGAAUUGGUCAUUUUCAACGGCUUGGGGUUACUCGGUAAAUAUUUACGAGCGAAUAAUGCCUCGCAGUUGGCUAACGAUUCCCAUCGAAACUUUUAUCGGAUGGCAUCCUGACCAGAAGCAGCAGCCGCGUUACAUGUUCAAUACCAGAAACCCGCUCGGAGACCCUUGCGAAACUCCGCAUGUGUUCUUCUUCGAGUCAAUUAAGAAAACAUCAAAUGGCCAGAUUCUUACGAGGUAUUCUAGGUCGGCUCCUAGAAACCUAACUGCUUGCCCAAUUGGCGGGAAUCGUUCUGCUGAAUAUAUCUCCAAGAUCGAGGUGCUCUCACCUGCUACUAAGCGUUACGAGAUUGAUAGGUCUGAGUGCUGUGAUGUAGUUCGUAUUGACAAUACUGGCAACGUGAAGAUUAAGAUCAGAGAAUGCAGGAUCGGUGAAGUUAUUGCAUAGAAGUUUCGGCCUCUGUUUGAAGAUCUUUAAUUUUUUUUUUUUUGGAGGAAUAGUGAAAACUAUUUUUGGUGAACAUAAUUAGUACUCUUUUGGAGGAAUAGUAAUUAGUACUCUUUCUGUCCAAAAAAAAUAAAGAGCAGUUAUAGAGCCAAUGACAAAAUAUAAUAACAUUUUAUAGUAACUGAUGUGAACAUUGUAAUUAAAGCACA